UUUCAGAAUCCUCAAGUCAUGACUACAGGUUGGGCCAUCCUUGUUGCUGCUUGCUUCAGUGCUGCAUACUGCAUGUCCGCAUCGGAUGUUAAAACAAACGUUGUUUCCUCGCUCAGUGUUGCUCCAGUAGGAGAAGGGCACCAUGGAAGGGACUUCUAUAAAUUCUUCUUCACCACACAUCCUGAGCACCGAAGAUUCUACAAAGGUGCAGAAAACUUUAGCGGAGAUGAUGUGCUGAAAAGUGACAGGUUUGACAAGCUCGGAGAUGCCAUUCUGCUCUUUGUGCACGUUUUGGCCAACACCUAUGAUAACGAACCCGUAUUUCGUGCCUUCACUCGCAGAGUGAUGCUUGAGCACUUUGACAGAAAUGUUGACCCUGCGCUUUGGAAUAUUUUCUUCCAAGACUUCUGGAAGGGAUAUUUGGAAAGCAAGGGAGCCACCUUGACCGCCGACCAGAAGGCAGCUUGGGAUUCUUUGGGUGCUAUAUUCAAGCAGGAGAGCCAAGCAUACUUGGAAAAGUUGGGAAAACCUCACGCAUGAACCUGUUUUUUUCCUCAGAAAAAAUUUACCACCGCAGAAGGUGUAUUUCUAUUCACUGCCAAUUCAGAAAUAAAAUGCAGCACCCAG